UAUCCAUGACCUCGGCGCAUCUCCUCUCCAUCCGUCGGCACGUCUCUCUCUUGUCAUGGUGAGGUGGCUCCAAACAGCUUUUUUCUAUGACUUUCUAUGGUCCUAAUGGAAUAGAGCAAUUCAGUGCCUUGCAACAAGAGUGGUAUGGUGAAACGGAACCCACUGUUACAACUGUGCGGGAGAACAUAGACUAUUUGAGCUGACAGGUAAUAUUCGAAGUGAUCUUCCUGCAUAUGCACCGCUUUCCACGGCACGGUGUGUCAUGUGUAUCAGUAAAAUGGUAGUAGGCAAAGAGAUUAGCUCGAGACUGUUCGUUCUCAGCCGAAGAUAGGGAUCUUGGGAAUUCGUGGCAAUAGUCACAACAGUAACAAUAAAAACUGGAUUCUUUGUCAUUGAACUGAUCGUAGCACUGUUUCAAUGUCAUAAUGGACAGGUUGCAUUCUUCCAUGCGUAAAAGGCUCUACAGUUUGCCACAGCAUAUCGGGCAUAAAGCUUCUAUCAUGGGUGAUGGGGAAGACAGCGACAAGGACACCAGGAGAAAGAGCAUCAGGAUGAAGCCCCUGCAGUCGCCGACCUCCGCGGGAAGCUGCAGAGUCUUUGGGGAAACUAAAAGCGGAGACGCGGUGAUCAUGGAGACGGACAUCGGCAGACCCAUGAAGAGCAGUUCAAAUGGAGACUGUCGGAGGUUUCGCGGCAGCCUUUCGUCCAUCACCAGUCGGCAUGUCCAUGACUCAGAUUCAGCGGAGGAGAAGCGUCUCAUCACUGAAGGAGACGUCACCCCGAGUGAGGAGAGCCCCCCUGGAGCAAUUGGUGGCAGCACGGAACAAGGGGCGCAAGGCGGCGCAAGCGGUGGGGGGACCGGCGUCAGCCAGCAUGGUACUCCCGAUCCGCAAUCAGGCUUCGUAAAGUUGGAUGGCAUCGAACAAAUUUUACCGGACGACGAAAGAUAUUAUCAAGCAGGUUUCAUGCACAGGCAGUUUGGAGCCAUGUUGCAACCAGGGGUCAACAAGUUCUCUCUAAGGAUGUUUGGAAGCGAGAAAGCAGUGGAGCGAGAGCAAGAGCGGGUAAAAUCUGCUGGUUUUUGGAUUAUUCAUCCCUACAGUGAUUUCAGAUUCUACUGGGAUCUCACCAUGCUUCUGCUGAUGGUGGGCAACCUAAUCAUCAUCCCCGUGGGCAUCACCUUCUUCAAGGAUGAGCACACUCCCCCGUGGAUCGUCUUCAACGUGGUCUCCGACACCUUCUUCCUUAUGGACCUGGUGCUCAACUUCCGCACGGGCAUCGUGAAGGAGGACAACACGGAGAUUAUACUGGACCCACAACAGAUUAAGAUCAAGUAUCUGCGCUCCUGGUUUGUGGUGGACUUCAUCUCCUCCAUCCCAGUAGACUACAUCUUCCUGAUCGUGGAGACGCGGAUCGACUCGGAUUUCUACAAGACGGCUCGCGCCCUCAGGAUUGUCCGCUUCACGAAGAUCCUCAGCCUGUUACGUCUGCUGAGACUGUCCAGGCUAAUACGCUACAUUCACCAGUGGGAAGAGAUCUUCCACAUGACCUAUGACCUGGCCAGCGCAAUGGUGCGGAUCGUCAACCUCAUCGGCAUGAUGUUGCUGCUCUGUCACUGGGACGGCUGCCUGCAAUUUCUGGUGCCCAUGCUGCAGGACUUCCCCGCUGACUGCUGGGUGUCAAAGAACAAGAUGGUGAACGACACGUGGGGCCAGCAGUACUCCUACGCGCUCUUCAAGGCCAUGAGCCACAUGCUGUGUAUAGGCUAUGGCAUGUACCCACCAGUGGGCAUGACGGACGUGUGGCUGACCAUCCUGAGCAUGAUAGUGGGUGCCACGUGUUACGCCAUGUUUGUGGGCCACGCCACGGCACUGAUCCAAUCGCUGGACUCCUCACGGCGGCAGUACCAGGAGAAGUAUAAGCAGGUGGAGCAGUACAUGUCUUUCCAUAAGCUGCCGGCGGAUAUGAGGCAGAGGAUCCAUGAUUACUACGAGCACCGCUACCAGGGCAAGAUGUUCGAUGAGGAGAGCAUCCUGGGGGAGCUGAACGAGCCACUCAGGGAGGAAAUUAUUAACUUCAAUUGUCGGAAGCUGGUGGCUUCGAUGCCUCUGUUUGCCAAUGCUGACCCCAAUUUUGUGACGUCCAUGCUGACGAAGCUUCGAUUCGAGGUCUUCCAGCCCGGGGACUACAUCAUCCGCGAGGGCACCAUCGGCAAGAAGAUGUACUUCAUUCAGCAUGGCGUGGUGAGCGUGCUUACCAAAGGCAACAAGGAGACUAAACUGUCAGAUGGCUCCUACUUUGGAGAGAUCUGUCUGCUAACUCGAGGCAGACGUACAGCCAGCGUGAGGGCCGAUACCUACUGCCGCCUCUACUCUCUCUCUGUGGACAACUUCAACGAGGUGCUGGAGGAGUAUCCCAUGAUGAGGAGAGCCUUUGAAACUGUGGCCUUGGACCGCUUGGAUCGCAUCGGAAAGAAGAACUCUAUCUUGCAACACAAGGUCCAACAUGACUUAAACUCUGGUGUCCUGAACUACCAGGAAAAUGAGAUCAUCCAGCAAAUUGUCCAGCAUGACCGAGACAUGGCACAUUGUGCCCACCUGAUGCAAAACCAACAUCCACCUGCUCCACCAUCACCUACACCUGUGAUCUGGGCUCCGCUCAUCCAAGCACCCCUACAAGCUGCUGCAGCUACAACAUCGGUUGCCAUUGCCCUGACCCACCAUCCUCAUCUGCCUGCUACACUCUUCCGCCCUCCAUCCUCUGUUCUAGGUUCAGUGAAAGAGCCUCCUAACUGCCAUAAGAGAUUCCAGGUUAUACCCACAUCAACAGAUCCUGGUUCAGCUGGAGACUCCACUUCAAGCACUCCUGCUAAGCCUCAAACUGGAGUAGAUACUCCUCUCCUUGCAUCGUUCCGUGCCCUCCACUCAACAGGACCAUAUGGGUCAGGCAGCACUGGCCAGCAAGUCUGCAGCAGCAGUGGUUCUCAGCCUGGACCCAGUGGGGCUUCAGUGUUCUCCACUGGCAGCUUCCGCAUGUCUGGAUCACCUACUACUAGUACAGCACAACUUCAUCCUCCACCCAAACACAAGUCGCCCUGCCCCCCGAGUACCCCACCUCUAUCUGGCUGCCUCCUCCAGCAAGGCAAUACAGGUGCAGUGGCAGCCAGCUCAGGUGCUGGAUCUUUAUCUGGAGCAGUAGGUGGGGCAGUAAGUGUACCAGUAGGUGGGUCUGUGGGUGGAACCAUGGGAGUUGGUUCAAUUGGAGUUGCUUCAAAUGGGUCUCCUGGGGGCGCAUUGGUUGGUGCAACAUUUGGGAUCUUAACCACAACAUCUUCGAAUAAUAGCUCUCUUUCCACUGGGUCAUUCAGCCAAGCUUCGAAUCAGCUUGUCCAUAGCCAGCAGACACUAAAGGCCACCCAGAUUGGUUCACUGCAGCAGUUUUCAGGUGGGGGUGGUAGGACUUCUAGUGUGCUAAACCUCUUCCAUACACCCCCACCUGGAUCUCCAUCCUCCAGCCAUACUCAUAUUGCCCAGGCACCUGAAGGCUCUCCUUCAUCAAACACACAGUCCUCCUUGUCCAGCCUACGGUCCAGCUUCCUCCCCCAGCUGCCUUUAGAAAGGUCAGCAUUGGCUUCCUUAGCUCAGUACAGCUCAGCUAAUGCAUCUCCCUGCUAUACUCCACUUGUGCCCAGCCCUACAGUCCAAAGUCCUAUAAUUGGAAAGACUUUUCACUACAGUGACCCCUCUAGUGCUGCAGGCUCACACAGCUCUUUGCUCAUGCCCCAGUCCUCUUGCCCUGGUCAGCUACCAGGUCAUCAUGCCUCGGGGACCGAAUCUCCGCUAGGCCGCUUCUUGGAGGAUAUGACACUAUUAUCCAGCUCUCACCCCUCACUAAGUAGAGAGGUAGCAGAGGCUUUGGGCCAUUCCUCCCCAAGAUCCUCCAUGGAACCUGGCUACUGCCUGUCCCCCUACUCUUCCCCGACCCUAACACCUAAGCCCUGUAGCUCCGUAUCAGGGCACAUUGCCCCUACUGUACAGACUUCUCCUGGGUCACGGCAUCAUACUCAUGCCACAGGGACAUCACCCUCACUUCCACUCCGGAGGUUUGCCGAGGCCCGUCCAUCUGAACCUGAACCAAUUUGUUCUAAACUACCCUCCAAUUUGUGAGGCUAGAUCACACCCUCCUGCUCACCCUGGACUGAAUAAUAAUAAUUCUUCUGUGUGACACUUUGCUUUCUUUAUCUAUAUAUCUAGACAACACUGUGUUUUAAUCUUAAUUAUUUUAGAUAUCUAAAUAUUACUGUGAUUUCCAAAAGAGUAAGGCUUAAAAUUGGGUAAAUUAGAGCUCUAUAUUACCCUUCUUUUGUUUUGCUUUGUCAUUCUCUUUUUUACACAUUAAUAUAUAUGUGGAAAUAUAUAUUUAAAGAUAUGUUAACCAAUAGGAGGGUGUGAAAUGCUACAUAUUUAAACUUUUGAGGAGGUCCAUUUUAUAACUGUGCCAAAAUUAUUUGGUUAGUAUGUUUGAAAUGGACAUCACAGAAGGACUGUUUUUUGUUUUGCAGGAAUCUAUGCACUGAAACCUGCAUGUAAAAACUGACUUUUCUGUGUUCAAAUUGACCUUUUUAGUCAAAAAAGAUCAUAUGCUUCUGAAGAGCCAAUCUCUUUUAUCUCUACGCCCUAUCUAGGAUCACAUAUUGCUGAUCCUUAAAUGUAUCUAUUGAAUUGUAUGUAUUUAUUCACUGUAUAAACUUUGCAAAACUUGGAGAAGAGAAUUUAGGCAGAACCAAAAAGAUUUUUUGCUUAAGUAACUAGUGAUUUUCCAUUGGUGAUUUCCUUUUCAACCACAGUAUUGCAGUAAUAUUGGAGUGGGUUUCACUUAAUCUUCACUGGGGAGAAUAGAGUAAAAAGUUAUAGAAACAGGGAGUUUUCAACAGUGUCCUAACAAAUUCACUUUUGUCUUCCAGGUUCAUAUGGUAGGUGUUGAAUAUGAAUGGCAUUAGUAUGAUAUAUGACAUGAAAGUGUGUGUGUGUGUGUGUGUGUGUGUGUAUCACUGUUUUCUGAAAUGGCUUAAUGCAAUCAACAAUCUUUUUUGACUGACCAAGAUUAGUUUUGCCUUUUUACAAGAAACAAGAACUGCCCUUAAAACCUGUGUUUCUAAAAUGUUCACUCCUCAUAAAGAUCACCAGAGCCAGCAUCAAGCUAACCAUACAUGAUAUUAAUGGAUGUAGCAUAAUUUCUUCAAUAGCUUUUGGUCAAAAACUAGUGAUUUAUUUCUUAUUAAUUUAUAAAAAUCGCUUUGUAUUUAUUUGAGAUUUAUCAUCCCUAGCUGUUAGCAGAUUAAUAUAAGAUGGAGUUGAGUAAGAGGAAUGUAUUGUGUGAAUAAACACUGCUUGGGCAUUAUCAGGAACAUGCAACAUCUCAUGCCUGAUCCUGAAAAGGCCUGCUCAGUAGAAAAUGAAGUGGAAUCACCACGUCUCGUGAGAAUUGUAUUAGAUGACAUGGAAGCUUCCCUAGCUCUUGUCUAUAUCACUCCCUCCCUUCAUCACUCAAAACCAUACACAUGCAUUACACUUUUUCUGAUUCAGCUGACUAUUAGAGACAUGCACCUCAGCUACAAUGUUGAUACUUAAAUAGACAGCCUCACACCUCCUCCUGACCCCCCAACCUUAGCCUACUUUUACGGGCUAAUGCACAGUGCCCGUGGAAUUCUGGUCCCCAUAGCAACUCAGAAAUACAAAACAAAAUAAGGUUAAAACUGUAUUUAGCAGCAGUUAUAUGUAGAGUGCUUGACAGACGUUUUACAACUGCAUUUUACUGGUAUCAGUAUGUUUUUUGUUUGUUUUCUAAAAUAAAGUCUGUCAAGUGUGUGGUUGCUUACAGAAUAACAGAAUUUGCAGGGUAAGACCUUGUUUUUCACAAAAGCUAGAUUGCCUUUGUUCUGCAAUAUAUUCAGCUUUAUUAUGACAAAAAAACAAUAAAUGACCGUAAAAACAUUUUGCUUGUCAAAGUAAAAAGAUGGCUGAAACAAACAACAAAAAACUUCCACACCAGAGAAAAGCUGAAGUCAAGUUCACAAGUUACAAAAAUCUUUAAACUUUUGAGUAGUGAGGGUGCAGGCAGAAGGGAAGUGCAAAUGCAGUGAGACACUGAUGUAUUGAGGGGGUGAUGUGGAGGUGCAGAAAGCCCAGGCCUGCCAUGUAGAACAGGACCCCUGAGGGCCACUCAGCACGAUCAGGCUGUACCAGGGUGGCCUUCGGAGAGGCAGCUCCACUGCAAGUUGUGAUUGUUCCAGGGCACUUGUGGAAAUUUCAUGAGAAGGCCAAGUGUUGAUUGUGUUAUUGGACACAGCUUUGGGAGGUUUUGAGAGCUAGUUAAAGAGUUUUCUCUAUCGCCUCAAAAAAAAAAAAAGUUUAACCUCAGGGGUCGAUGGCAGUGGAGGGCUCCAAUCUGGAAAGGGUGCAGAGAAAGACAGAGAAAAACAUACAGUGAGGGAGAGUGAUUGAUUAGAGGGUAGUCUGACCUGACCAAGGAACCUGGUCAUUAGCAGAGAUAAGGACCACAAUGCAUCAAUAAAUUCAUCCUGCAGCUGUCAGUCAACCACACCUGUCACUCUGGCUGUGACUCUUGUCUGGUCUCAUACCUCUAAUAGACUUCAAAACCCACAUACCCAAUGUGGUACACUGUGGAACCCACAGACUGUCAAAUAUUACAGUCAAACCUAAACCAUAAGCAUAAUCCUGUACGGCCCUUUUGAUGGUAGAAUUUACUUUUAAAAAAAUCUAACCCUGAACUUUAACCUAUAGGCUAUGUCCUCGCAAUGUGAACCAUGAUACUUUAAUCCAUUUGCUGACAACUCAGACAAAGGAGCAAAAUUUGCCACCGUUGCCUUUCACCUGUGGAAGUCGCAAACAAACAGUCCACUGGAUUCCAUGAGGAGCCAAACCUGGAGAGGGUCCAUGUGGCAGAGGCCUGCAUUUUUUCCGACUCACAGUGGUGUUCAGAAUGUAGCGCGACACGGUCCUUGGUCGCUCCCAGUCUCAACCAUACUCUGAUACAUGCCAUGAGGGAGCGCUCUGGAAGCAGCACAGCAGGCAGUAAUGAAAUCACUGGCUGUGAUUGAGGAUUAGAUUUCACCCCAGUAGGCCUGAACCUCAGAGAUGAGGGGCCGUGAGAGACGCAGAGGUGCACUACGACUGGCACCAACUCGCUUGUGUGCCAGGAUUCAUUCGGGGACCUGUGACUAAUGGAAACCUGGCAGCAAGCGUAUGUGUAGCAUCCAUUGACCGUAGGAUAACGGAUGCGUUCGUCCCUGGAUCCAUUGUAACUCAAAUGCUGGUCCCUUUGUGAGGUCAUGAGCUUGUGUGAUGCGCAGACUCAUUAUUUCUGACUCCACUGUUCUCUUUCUCCAUUAGUGGUAUUGUGACUCCAAGCAUAACUCAAGUUUUCUUUGGAGUAGCUGUGACCAAGACAGAAGUUUUAUCAAGUCAAGGGAUCUUAGGGGUUUUUGUCUGGAGUAUUACAGACAAUAGUGCCAACCUGACAUCAGGAUCAGGAGCUAUUGUACACUGUUGUUGAGGAAAGAGAACAUACACACUGUGGCAUGUUAUGGGCUAUACCAGGAGUGCCUGAUUCCCAACCUGGAGAUCUAUCACCCUACAGACUUUAGUUCCAACCAAAAUCUAGCACACUUGAUCCAGCUAACCCAGCCCUUCAGUAGCUCAUGAAUAUUAGAGCCUGGCAUGUUGGAACGAAACUCUGCAAUGUGGUAGAUCUCCAUGUGGAUGAUUACAUGGAGUGGGGCACCCCUGGGCAUCAUAGUAUGCAAAUAACUGAAAUCCUUGUUUUGUUUUGGCCCUGUGAUAAUUGGGAACAUGUGACUGUAACAGCAACUUUUCCCAGACGCUGGUAUGAAUUUCAUGUCCUAGUAAGGCUCUACGCACUACACUAACUGCCUUUGAAUAAGCUCCCACAGAGCUAAACAUAUCCCCACAGGGUUGGAUAGGAUUUCAUUUACCUCUGUAAAUUUAGAUAACUGAUUUAGCACUGAUAAUCUGACUGUAUAUACCUCCUGAUAGACAUACAGAUUAAAAGAUUAUGUAGUUUUGAUUAUAAUCCAUACAUAGGCUGGUUGAAAGGGUUCUGGUGUGUAUCUGUAAGAAUAACCCUGAGAAAGGAGUGUGAAUUUACAAUGACUCCCUAGAAUCUCUUCCUGGCUUUGGGUGGUUUUGACAGGGAGCAAAUGAGGGCUUACACACUGCUUUUCUUAGCUUCAUUUUUUAAAUGUAUGUCAUUUACAAACAUAAUGCUGAAUUUCAAUGUAUAUUUAUGUAAACAGAUUUCUAUACAGUAUAUACAUAUAUAUUUCAAUAGGACAUUUAUUUUUCUGCAUUCGUUUUACAGUAUAUUAUUACAAUGUUCAUGACGCUGCAUUUCAUUGUUCACAGUAUUGUCAUUGCUGAGUAUUUGCUGAAAAGGGCAUACUGUUAGCAUUGUAAAAUAUUUUUAAUGAGGGAAUAUUUGCUAUCUCACCAUGCUUUAGACAUGCAAUUUAUCACUUUGUGUAAGAGUGCUUUUUUUUUUCAAGAAUUACAC